AUGAUACCUUGCUCUGUUGGUGUUCGUCAUAUGACGGACGAAAGCUCAGCACCUUUUCACCGGACUCGAAUGAGAUUACCUCAGAAACAGCGUGACUGUGAAUGCUCCAGUAAAGCCAAUCGACAGCUGGUCAAGAAGAAUCCGCCGUUGUCUUCUGGUGGAAUCGAAAUUCGAAUCUCUUCACUAACCACUUUCACUCGAGAUGAAACCAAUCAACAUCUGAUCAAGAGGAAUCCACCGUCGUCUUCUGAUGGGAUCGACCUUCGAAUCUCUCGACUUGAAAUGACAUGUGCUCAAGUGGGCGGAAUUCCGACGUGGGGUGGGUACCGCUCUCACCUGAACGCCUGUGCACACACACGUACAAUUGACCGUCUGGCGGUGUUCAGUGUCUACCGGCUUUCCGAGUUGUCCGGGCACCACGGCAAAGCCCACACAACCGGGCUGUAUGGCGGAUUUGCGAGAAUUAUUCAAGGGCGGCUGAUGCGCUCGCUCAAGUGCCCUCAAAAAGCGCGGGUCUCGGAGGCGGUGCCACCGCCUCCCUCGGUCAUAAAGACAGACGAAUCGUGGUCAAAAGAGAUUCACACACAUUCACACAAGAACCAGGCUCGACGAGCGCAUAGAGAGCGCAGCAAAGCAUGGCGAGACUGA